AUGAUCUGGAACCACACCUUGGUGAAGACACAUCUGUACUGCUCCCAACACAACGUACCGGUCCACUCUAAUCUCAGCUUCUUUGAGAGUAAGAAAGUCAUCAAAGUCAUGAGAGGAACAACUCAACACUUUCCCAAGAAAGUAGAAUUUCCGGCAACACCAUUACGCACAUGCGCAGUAGUAGGGAACAGCGGGGUCCUACUGAACAGUCGAUGUGCCACAGAUAUUGACUCCAAAAAUUACAUCUUCAGAGUGAACCUACCGCCAGUUGGAGGAAUAUUCACCAAGGAUGUGGGACAUAGCGCUCACUUUGUAACCAUCAACCCGUCCAUUCUUGUGGAAAGAUAUGAAUAUCUGACCGAAGACGAUCAUCGGGAGUUAUUUUUGCGGAGCGUGCUUGCCUAUCAGGGAAACACGACCUUCUACACGCACCCUUUCCACAAUCCGCUGUACCGGAAAGCCACAUACAGAGCCCUAUUCCUGGUCCGGGAUCGCGCGGAGGGAAACAUCGUGCGAUGGUCUCAUCCAGACUUCCUUAGAAAAAUUAACUCCUUCUGGAAGAAGAGAGGAGUUAAAGCUAAACGGAUUACAUCUGGUCUGUUGGUGACCACCCUUGCGCUGUCUAUGUGUGAGGAGAUUCAUCUAUACGGUUUCUGGCCUUACAGUAUGGACCUGAGCAAGAAAAAGGCCGUACCGUAUCACUACUUCAAGCGACACGUCACUGUACAACACAAGGUUCUCAAAGAGGAAGAGGAAAUAUUUCACAAAAUCGUCGACAAAAACUUGGUCCACAACAUGCAACAAGAGUUCAAUUUACUUGUGAACAUGCACAAGGACAGGCUAUUGAGACUCCAUGUCAAGCCGUGUGUACGUGAAUAAAUCUG